AUGCUAGAAAAUUUAUAUCUGGAAUUAGACUUAGAUGAGCAAACAAUAAAAUUUAUUGAUGACUCUUUUAAUCAAUUCUUAGAAAAAAAAGGAAGCCAAGCAACUUUUGCUAAAUUUUUAAGAGACCGUAAUACACGAUUGAUUUUUCGGCAACAUCUUUCAGAAGCGCAAUUUGCGAAACUAGAAACAAAACUUGAGGAAUUAGAACAGAUAUACGGAAUUCAACAACUGAUUGAACGAUUACGCCAGACACAGGAAGAUAUGAAACUACCGUUAAAAAAACGUAUUGUUUUUGAUAUACACCACUGUGAGUUCGGUAAUUGUGCUGACUUAGCCCAGAUUUAUUUGCAACAGAUAGAGAGAGAAGGACCAGAAAAAUUAGCAGUGGAUGUGUAUGCAAUUAAUAGCGAGGAUCAUGCGUUUGUUGUUAUUGGAUUAGAUGAUCAAUCUUCGUUUUUUAAAUGGUUAACAAACAAAAAUGGGAGCCGGUUUUUACAAGUUGGCCCUAAGCCAAUGCCAAAUGAAGAAGCUGUUAUAGCUGAUCCCUGGGGAGGGUUUCGUGUCAAAUUCAAAGAUCUCAUUGAACAAGGUGAAGCUAUUUUUGAUAACCCAGAAAUAGAACAGAACCUUGUUGUUCCUAAAAAAGUGCUGAAGGAAGCUUUUUUUGAUAAAGGGAAAUUACGUGUUUUUUCUAGGCUACUAAUAGGAGAACAGACUGCACUUAAAUGGAAUUAUAGUGAGUUUAUCAACGCUGUUGAUACAGAUGCAGUCGAAAAAGUAAAAAUUAUUGAUAACCGUUUAGAAGGUAGCACUGUGGAUAAAGAGAAAUUUGAGGUCUUUGUACCUGAAGAUCCAGAACUUAUUUCUCUCUUACGGUCUAAAAAUGUCAUUGUCGAAGUGCAACCAAGACCAGAAGAAUCCCUAUGGAAAUCUAUUUUAAUCAGCUGGUUUCCCAUGCUAUUAAUUAUAGGUUUAUGGAUUUUAAUGAUUCGGCAGAUGCAAGCUGGCGGUGGUCGAGCAAUGUCUUUUGGUAAAGCUCGGAUACAACUUGUUAAUGAGAAUCAAAAGCAGACUACGUUUCAAGACGUUGCCGGUGUAGACGAAGCUAAAGAUGAGUUGAAAGAAAUUGUUGAUUUUCUUAAGGAUCCAGAGAAAUUUACACGUUUUGGGGGACGUAUUCCUAAAGGUGUAUUAUUGAUCGGGUCACCUGGUACAGGUAAAACACUGCUUGCUAAAGCUGUAGCAGGUGAAGCGGAUGUUCCUUUUUUUAGUAUUAGUGGUAGUGACUUUGUCGAGAUGUUCGUUGGGGUAGGGGCUAGUCGUGUACGAGAUCUAUUUGCUCAAGCACGAAAAUCUGCACCAGGUAUUAUUUUUAUUGACGAAAUUGAUGCUGUAGGUAGACACCGAGGUGCUGGUCUUGGUGGUGGUCAUGAUGAACGUGAACAAACAUUAAAUCAAAUGUUAGUUGAGAUGGAUGGUAUGGACUCUUCCGAAGGGGUCAUUAUUAUCGCUGCAACAAAUAGGCCUGACGUCCUUGAUCCUGCGUUACUUAGGCCAGGACGUUUUGACCGUCGUGUUGUUGUGCCAAUGCCAGAUAAAAAAGGUCGUCAACAUAUUUUAGAAGUUCAUUCAGAAAAGAAAAAAGUACCAUUAACCAAAGAUGUAAAUAUUGAAGCUAUUGCUAAAUCCACACCUGGUUUAAGUGGUGCUGAUCUUGAAAACUUGGUCAACGAAGCAGCAUUACUAGCCGCACGAAAACAGACAAAUAAAGAAAAUAAACCAGCUGUUACGAUGGCAGACUUUGAACAAGCUAAAGAUAAAGUAUUAAUGGGCGCAGAACGGCGUUCAAUGGUACUUUCUGAUAAAGAAAAACGUAUUACGGCCUACCAUGAAGCUGGUCAUGCUUUAGUCGCUAUUUAUUUACCGGAUGCUGACCCUGUACAUAAAGUGACGAUUAUUCCUCGGGGAAUGGCUUUAGGAUUAACACAGCAGUUACCUGAACAAGAGAUGCAUACAUAUUCACGCGAUUAUUUAUUGGCAAUGAUAAAAGUGCUGAUGGGUGGACGUGCUGCUGAAGAACUUAUCUUUGAGUCGAUAACAACAGGUGCUGGUAAUGAUAUUGAACGUGCUACAGAGAUGGCACGGCGGAUGGUUUGCGAAUGGGGUAUGAGUGAGAAAGUUGGGCCGUUACGUUUUGGUAAUAAGGGAAAUGAAGAGGUCUUUUUAGGGCGUGAUUUUGCUUCAGUUAAGAAUUAUAGUGAAUCUACUGCGUUGUUAAUUGACGAAGAGGUUCAACAAAUAGUACGAACUGCUUAUGAUGAAGCUCUAAAGAUUCUAAGGGACCAUCAAGAUGUACUUACAGCUGUAUCCGAAGCCCUAUUAGAACGUGAAACGAUUUCGGCAGAAGACCUAGAUCUACUUGUUAAUGGUCAACCAUUACCACCAGAAGGUGGCGAGGAGCCUGAAUCUGAUAUUUCUUCUAACCAAGACUCUUCAGAGCCUCAAGAUUCUGCUGGAACUGAAGAUAAGACGUCUGCAGAUUCAGAUACAACAGAUAAUAUAUAA